CCCGAUGGCACCGCCCGGGUGCCGCAGCGCCUGAGACCCCGCUACCCGCCUGACCCUUCCAAAGGUGCAGCCCGCACUCCCCGUCCUCCCGCACCACCCCGCCCCAUCUCCAGCAGGAAAGGAGCCCCUCUCUCUCCGCUCGGCCCCCUCUCCCCCGGUUUCUCCCGUAUCUCUCUUCCCGCCGGCUCCUAGGAAAGAGGAGAAGAUGCGAUUCGCGCCGCCGGGGCUCCGGCUCGCCCAGCUCCUCGCGUGCAUCUACUGGAGCUGCCUGUGGCCUGCCGGCUGCCAGCAGCAGCAGCCGCUGCGCCGGGAUCCCCCGCCGCCCCCCGCCGGCUGGAGGCAGCGGAUCCAGUGGGAGAACAACGGGCAGGUGUACAGCCUGCUCAGCCUGGGCUCCCAGUACCAGCCCCCGCGGCGCAGGCAGGCGGCGGAGGCGGCGGGCAGCCCCAUCCUGCUGCUGCGGAACAACGGGACGGUGCUGCCCCGCAGAGCCGCCACCCGCGCCGCCGCCGCGCAGCCACAGCCCCCGCCCGCCGCCGGCACCCGGGGCGGCUCCGGUGCUCGGCACUGGUUCCAGGCCGGCUACCAGCCUUCCUCCGGAGGCCGCGCCGCCGCCGGGCAGCGGAGCCAAGCGCUCGCCACCCCCGCGGCCAGGAGCGCCUCCUCGGGGGCGCCGCGACCCAGCGCCCCCGCCAGCCCCGCCGGCGGCACCGGCACCGACGGCAACGGGAGCAGCACCAGGGCCGGCGGGCUGCCGCCCCUCGGCAGCUUCAGGCCCGGGCGGGAAGAUGUCAUGGUAGGAGACGACCCCUACAACCCCUACAAGUACACAGACGAUAACCCCUACUACAACUAUUACGACACCUACGAGAGGCCCCGCCAGGGCAGCAGGUACAGACCCGGCUACGGCACUGGCUACUUCCAGUACGGUCUCCCUGACUUAGUCCCGGAUCCCUAUUACAUCCAGGCGUCCACAUAUGUCCAGAGAAUGUCCAUGUAUAACUUGAGAUGUGCUGCCGAGGAGAACUGCUUGGCAAGGUAGGCAUCACCUCAGGCU